UGGAACAGUGAAGAGCUCUCUCACCAUGGAUACAUUUAAGGCUGCUAUGAUUUUGGCUGGAGUAGGGGACUGUUUGGGGCACAGAAACUUCAGCUGGGACAUCUGUAACUCCGGAGUGAAGAUUCAAGAGGAGCUGAAACAACUUGGAGGAUUGGAAAGCAUAGUACUGACAGAAGACAAAUGGCCAGUGAGUCACAAUACUGUUAUGCAUAUGGCCACAGCAGAGGCUCUUGUCUCAGAUUAUUGGUGCUUAGAAGAUCUUUACCGAGAGAUGGUGAAGCAGUAUGUUGACGCAGUAGACAAGUUGCAAGGACGACAGAUUGACCCAGCAACCAUUGAAGGCUGUUCACAGUUAAAGCCAGAUAAUUAUCUACUUGCUUGGCAUACUCCAUUCAAUGAAAAAGGAUCAGGAUUUGGAGCAGCAACAAAGGCUAUGUGCAUUGGCAUGAGAUACUGGAAACCAGAUAGACUUGAAACACUAAUUGAAGUCAGCACAGAAUGUGGACGAAUGACACAUAAUCAUCCAACAGGAUUCCUAGGAUCACUGUGCACUGCCUUAUUCAUUUCAUAUGCGAUACAAGGAAAACCCAUUGUUCAGUGGGGAAGAGAAAUGUUAAAGGUUUUACCGAUGGCUGAAGAAUACUGUAAGAAGACAAUACGACACAUGGCAGAGUACCAAGAGCACUGGUUUUACUUUGAAGCUAAAUGGCAGUUUUACCUGGAAGAGCGAGAAAUAGAAGAAGACAAUGGGAACAAACCAAGCUUUCCUGAUAAGUAUGAUGCUGAAGAGAUGGACAAGAUCUAUAGGAAAUGGAGCUCUGAGGGCCGUGGGGGAAGAAGGGGACAUGAUGCACCAAUGAUUGCAUAUGACGCUCUUUUAGCUGCUGGAGGUGAUUGGAAAGAAGUCUGUAAUCGAGCCAUGUUUCAUGGAGGAGAAAGUGGUGCCACUGGAUCUAUUGCCGGUUGUCUCUAUGGACUGCUGUAUGGACUAAACAAUAUACCAAAGGGCCUAUAUCAGGAACUUGAGUUAAAAGAAAAACUUGAACAAUUGGGAGAAAAACUCUAUCAAGUAUCUACAAAGGAAAACACCAUAAAGUCAGUGUUUAAUGGUGAAAGGAUGUCCAUGGACCCACUUCUCCUGAAGAAGAAGGUUAACAAGACUGGGAACCCAUGGCAGUAUGCAAUUCUUAAUAGUUUGCUGCUUUACAUCACAGAACUGACUGGUGGAAAUAUCAAAAGCACACAAAAAUCACAUAUUAGGAUCCAAGAUGGCAAACUAAAAGUUAAUAAUCAAGAAGCAACUUUCAUCAAAAAUAUUAGACGGCCUACUCGAUUUCAGCUAUUGCAAUCCAGAUUUAUGAAUCCAAGACAUGUUCCUCCAAUGAAAAGGACAAGAGAAGUAGGAAAAUUAUCAUUUAAUGAAAAACCAUUGGCAAAUAAGGGUUCUGCAAGUAGUCUAAUCAAGAAAUUUGAGUCUUCUACAGAAAAAAAUGAGAACAGAGAAGGAAAGGAAUUGUCCUUGAAUAAUGAAAAGAACAAAUUGAAUAAAACUACUGUAAAAAAUACAGUAAAAACUAUUAUAAAUAAAUUUAUAACUGCAGAGCAAAAGGAAAAUGUGAACACCUUUCCACACUCAAGAGGAAAUAAUGUUAUAAGAGGUCAUCCCAAAAUACUCAACAGAAAUUCAGUUAUUUCAUCUUUAAUAGAAAAGUUUGACCAAAAUCCAGACAUCUGUUCUGUAAGAGAAAUUAAGCCAGCCUUACCCUUUAAAGAGAGAGUAAAAAACCUUAAACAAGCAGAGGUUAAAGUAUUUCACAUUACAACAAUGGUUGCAACAUGUUUUAAUCAGCCAAUAUGUGUACAAACAUGCUUAAUAUAUGAAGCCAUGCCUGUCUGUGCAAUUGCAUCUCUAAUAGAAAGGAAUGUGGCCUGGUCCAUCUGUACCACUAUCAACAGAAAGAUUCAAAUCUAUUACUUUGAAUCUCAUAAAUCAGCUUUCAGCAAGAUUGCUCUAGCUGAACAGAAUGGAAAAUAUGGUGUAAAUGAGAAAACUAUUUCUUUAGAAUAUGGUAGCAAUGAGCAAACUGUUCCUUUAGAAUCUCAUGUAAAUCAGCAAAGUGUCCCUUUAGAAAUUAGUGGAAAGGAGAAAACUGUUCCAUUAAAAAUAGAAAAUAUAAGUGAUAAGAUAAAUAAUAAUACAAACAAUGAUUUCAAUCAUAUUCACAAUCAGGACACAAGAAACCAAAUAGAUAACACAAAAAGAAAAUCAAAAGAAAAAAUUAAAGAAAAGGGAGCAGAUGACCUAAUAGUUCACCACUUAAUAACAGGCAAUGAUAGUAUAGGUUUGUUAAAAGGUAUUCAAAGCAAAGCAACAGAUGAUUCGAUGGUUGAAGUCAGUGACCAUGAACACCAGUGGAAUAUAGAAAAUAAACAGCAUGAUAGCAGUCACAAUACUCAAAUUUAUUAUGACAUCAAUAAGAAAAAACUUAAACCUAAAAAUAAAUUAAAAUGUAAAACACCUGACAAUGGACAGUUUUCUACAAGUGAAAAUAGUUUAGCAGAAAACAGUGAGAAUAGGCAAGUCAGUAAUUCUGAGCAAAUUAAAGAUUCACAAGUUUGUAGUGAGAACUAUGAGAGCAAAGAAUCUGAAGAAAAAUGUCAGAAGGACAAUUUUAUGAUUAUCAAAUUUCCAAAUUUCACUGAUAUGCAACAAACGCCAAAAUGCAAUAAAAUAAAAGAUAUCAUUCCUACUGUAGCUACAAACAUCAAGGAACAUAAUUUGGACUCAAUGGCAUGUGAUCAUAAUACGACGAAUACUGACAUAAAACAUAUUUCCAGCUUGAGAGAUGGUCUAAAAAGCAGAUCUCAACACUUAUCAGAGAAGGACCACCUGGAAACUGGUAUUGUGAAGGGAGACUGCAAACGUUCCAGUAAUAAAUUUGAAACCAAAUAUGGCAUACAGUGUGUGUUGUCUGAAUACUCUACAGAAAAAGGGGUACUUGGAGAUGUUUCUUCCUCUAUUGAUUUAAAAAAUGAAAGUGUCACUAUACCAGAGUCUUGUGAAGCACCUACAAAUAUGGAGGUCAAACAUCCAUCAUUGUCAGGUCCUAACUCAAAGGGUUUUAAGAAAUAUAAACCAUUAGCAGAAUCUGUUUUUAGUCAACAAAAGCCAAAACAUCUUGAAAAGCAAAGCAUAAAGCAUGAGGCUGUGAUGCACCAAAAAGAGCAAAAAGAUAUAAAGAUAUCUGCUACAAAUGAAGUAAAACAUCUAACACUGAUUAAUUCUGACUGUGCAGCUUUAAAUACAUUGUGUGAACCAUUAGCUGAAGCUAAAAUAAGCUGUUAUCAACAAAAUGUAAAAUCUCAAGAGUCCAUGGUGGACCGAAAAGUUGAGAAAAAUAGUAGCAAAUCUGCUGGUGUGGAUGCCAGAAAUUUUUCAUUGUCUGCAAAGGAUGAUUUAAUGAUGAGUUGUGAACCAGAAUCUAAAUCUAUAAAAGAAUAUUGUCAACAAAAGCUAAAGUCUAAGGACAGACAUAGCAUAAAAUCUGAGGAUGAGGUGCACAAAAAAUCUGAGCUCCAUGAACCAAGAAGUCAGGAAGAAGCGAUGCAAAGCACUCAUUUAGAAAGCAAGUGCAAUGUAGCAGGACAUAGUAGAAGCUCCAAGUACCAAAUUCCUGUACUAAAAUAUCUGACCUAUAAUGAUGAUGAUGAAUUCACACCAUCUGAUACACAGAGCACCAAAGAACAGAAAACAAAAUAUACCACCAAAGCUGAACUUUCUAAGUAUAAAGUAAAAAGCUACAAGGACAAUGAAAUGUCAUCAAAACAAUUCUUUAAACCCUUAGUUAUAAGAGCAAGUGAUACUUUUAAACAUUACACUUGAUGUUACUGUAGAAAUUGGUUUCCAAAUAGGGACUGAAGCUAUUUAAUCCAGACCAAUAAUCAUAAUGAAUGUAAAAUUAUUAUUAUUUACUAAUUAGCAAGAAGCGUCAUGGAGAGCUAGAACUGAGCAAUAAUAUAACAAUCCACCACCAGACAGAGAGAAAAUGACAUUUCAGCAUGAAGUAUUAUGUAUUAGUAUAUAUACAGGGCCUGAAAGACAAAUGGUAAUAUAAAGGCUAUGUGAUUAUAUUGAAUAUGAACCUUGUAAUAUUUUGUAAAAAUAAAAUCCAGUUCAGCUUUUCAAGUUA